AUGCAGGAACCCCAACGGCUCUACCCGUCCCUGAAUAGUCUUCAGGGACAACUUGGUGGAUCUAUUGGCCAAAGCUCUGGUGGUCGUUAUUCACCAUCAACCGCCUACAGAAACCGAAUGCAGCCGUUCAACAACUCACUGUUCGGUUCAUUUGAUGAUCCGCUUUUCCAAGCGCGAGCCGCUCAAGUCGCUUUGGCAGACAUGGAUGUCAAGGUGAACAUUGCGAAUCCACUGAUGCGACCACACGAUAUGUUCAGUAAUUACCUAAUGACUUCGACCAACGAUCCGACGAACAUCUAUCACGGACUGCCGGCCGCCUCAGAAGGCUUCGACCCAUCCGUGCUGGUAUCCACCUCAUCGGAACAGGAACAGAUGACCCCGUUACAGCAGGUGAUGGCCAUGCAAAAUUACGGUGCCUCUUCCCACUUCCCUCAAUAUCCGAUGGCGUCAACAUUUCCAUCCGCGAUUCCACCGCAAGUUACCCGAUAUCCGCUGGCCGCACCGGCAGCAGAAAUCGACACCGAUCCACGGGAACUGGAACGAUUUGCUGAGCACUUCAAGCAACGGCGUAUAAAGCUCGGCGUUACGCAGGCCGACGUUGGUAAAGCCCUGGCACAUCUGAAGAUGCCCGGAGUAGGAUCGCUUUCACAAUCGACGAUAUGCCGCUUCGAGUCCCUCACCCUCUCCCACAACAACAUGGUCGCCUUGAAACCGAUCCUCCAUAGCUGGUUAGAGAAGGCCGAAGAAGCUGUAAAGCAAAAAGACGGUUGCGGUGAUAUCUCAGGGAUUUUGCCGAAUACGGACAAGAAGCGAAAGCGAACCAGCAUAGCAGCACCUGAGAAACGCCUUCUGGAAGACUAUUUCAGACAACAACCGCGACCAUCCGGUGAACGAAUUGCUGCCAUUGCGGACAAGCUCGAUUUGAAGAAAAACGUGGUCCGAGUGUGGUUCUGUAACCAACGACAAAAACAAAAAAGUCUUUUCCUAUACGAU